AUGCAAGGUCUUACUGUGGUCUUGGCGCUGUUUGGUUUGUUGGCAGUCGGUAAGUUUAAGGGGUUUUGAGGCCUAGUAGGGCUCAUAAAGCUUGCUGAAGGCUAGUUGGGGAGUAAAUACAGUAAGAAUAGAGCGUCAAAAAAGCGAAAUCCUAAGUGCGACACUCAGGAUUUCUUUGCAGGCGCAGCCGAAAUGUUCAACGACUCUUGCGGCCGACCGGUAUGCAAAAGGCGGAGCGCGUUCAGGUAUAAAACACUUUCGGCCGUAUCCAACCAAAUUAAGACAGCGGUUUGUCCCGAAUUUUUAGUUUGCCCUUUACAGAAAAGCAUUGAGAUAUUUUGGUCGGAAGCACGAACAACUUCAACGCCGCACGUCAAACUGAGAUAAGCUAAAAAAAGGUCCGCUGAAUGGAUUGGCAAUUUGCCAAAAAAAGACGCGGAAAAACGUUCUGUCGGGGAAGAAAUGGGGAAUUUUUGGGGCGAGAGAGUACGCUUUUGCGUGUCUUUUUUCUCUCUUUCUCUGGAAAUCAAGACGAAAUGUAAAAAACCGAUAGUGAAGGGUCUAUUCCGGUCACCGGACUCCUCAGUUUGAUGUGCGCCGUGUAUACAACAGUUAUUCGAAGAGUUGACCUUUCCUGUGCAAAACCUGAAGAGAUGUGGCCAAAAAAGCGUUACCGGCAUUAUCUAGUUGCCUGCACAAAGAUUGUUGAAUAUCUCGGCCUAGCAAAGACGGAAAUUUUAAGAAAUCAAUUUGUGGCUGAGAUAUCAGUCUUUCGGGAAAAUAAUGAGCACUCUGUCGCCUCGAAAACCGUCACGAAUCGUGGCGCGGCAAAAUCAGCGAUUAUUGGGCUCAUUACUUUACCAACAAACUGAUAGAUGAUUCAGGCUAGAUUUGAGGAGAAUCCUAGGGCAAGACUUAUUAUGGUUAUAGAAAAUCCUCUAAAAUCUUCAUUAACCCUAUGUUUCCAGCCUCUGCUCAUACAUCCACUCUCCCGCCGGUUGGCAAACGCUCAGCCGAAAGCGAAGAGGUGCCCAUCGACAAACGCUCGGCCUCCAGCCACAGCCAAGAAGUCCCCAUCGACAAACGCGACGUUUCCGCCGAGAAGACGAAACUCUCUUCCUCAACAACACCUCAUCCGGCCAAACGAAGCGUCGACGACACCACCGUGCCCUUCGAUACGCCGAUCGGCGGGAACAAGGAGAAACGCGAGGCGCCCUCGACCGGUGCGCCGCGUACGGAACGCGAAGCGUCCGCCGAAGUGACGCGUGACGCUCGCGCCGUCACCUCAACCACAGCGCCGCGCGUUGAGCGCGAACCGGAGGCCGUAGCGACCACCUCAGCGGGCGGUCGAAGACGUCGUGGAGUUAGUGGAGUUAGUACGACGACUGAGACGGUUAGAGAGGAACGGGCGCUUCCCGAGACCACCAGCUCACCAAGAAUCGCACGAGAGGCCGGCUUCAGCACGAUCAAGAAACGCGAGGCCACCAGCCCCACAACGCCCGCUAAGCUCGCGUCCGGCGAAUCAGCCCGUGCCAGGCGCCACGUAGAGCUCAGCACGCCCUCCUCGGCCUAA